AUGAACGGAAAGGAUAUUGAUUUGUGCAAGUUUUUGGAUGGUUCAGACGGAAUACUGGCAUUGACAGAUGUUUUAUCAGGUUCAGCAGAAUCAAAGAUGACAACAUUUCCAGAAGCAACAUACAAAAUUAUUUUGAAAUUCUAUAAUAAUGAAGAUGACAAAAUCGUGGAAGUUACAAUGAUUUGUACAUCCAAGAAUGUUUAA